AUCGAUAUGACUUCCGUGUGGGCUGGCCUGGAUCAGGAGUUAAAUUCAGCAGCGAUCCGACCUGUUUGUUUUCGCGAAAAUAUAAGGAAACUUGCUCUUAAACCGAGUAAAAGGCAUGUCGGCCGAAGGUCAUAUGUGUUUUUAAAAUAAGUUUAAGGAUUUUACAUCUUAAAAAUGUUGGCCAUUGUCUAAAUCUUCAUCAAGGAGCGGGCAUGGGAACAGUGGGCAGCAGUGUGGUGGUAGGGGGGUCUCACCAGGAUGAGGAUGAGGAUGAGAAAGACCUCAUUUCCCAGCGCAGGAAGAGUUCCAGCAGGAGCCACUCUGUUGAUACUGUGUACUGCCCCACCUGCCAGGGCACUGGACGCAUCCCACAAGGUCAAGAGAGCAUGUUAGUAGCAGUUAUACCCUGCAAUGACCAGAGGUUGGAUCCACGACAUACGAAAUUGUAUGUGGCAGUCUCGGUGUCUGUGUGCGUAUUGGUCAGUGCACUGGUCCUGUUCUUCCUGUACCCUCGCUGUGUCACUCUGUCCCCUGUGGCCGUCAAGUCUGUCUUCGUCACCUUCCCGUCCAACACCGUCCUGAUGAACAUCACAAGCAUCCUGAAUAUAACCAACCAGAACUUUGCCACCGUCUAUGCGUACAACCUCACAGGCCAGGUGUUGUUCUUUGAAACGGUUGUUGGCUCGACUGCUAUUAAAAACGUCACCAUUAUUAAACCUCUGUCUGACAAAAUGUACACCUUUGAGAUCCCAGUCACGCUGAAGGACCAAGGCCUGUACUUCUACUGUAAGUUCUCUAUCAACACUGUCCGCACAUUGUCUCUACACUUCCAGAUGACCAUGACUGUGUACUACCUUGCCCACUAUGAGGAGAUCUCUCUGGACACCUAUGAGUACAUAGAUUGUGGAACCAACACCACCACUAUCCACCUUAUCCAGCCUGGACAGGUCCUCCCGACUGGGGUCCAACCUCCAUCCUUAGACCUCAUUUCUGGCUCCUCUGGAAAACUGUUGGAAACUGAGUGAGCGCAUGCUGAACUGUGAAGAAAAAGUCACGGGAUAGACCAUGUGACCAUACCAGACAGUCAGCCCUACAGGAAUGAGCAUCAGUAAAAAAUAAAGAAUUUAAACAUGAGCUGCUGCAAAAGACCUGCAAGAUUCAAAUGCUUGGACACAUCCUUCUGUGAAACUUUCUUUCUCAUUUCUCUUUUGUUGGUAAUGUUUUAGAACUUUGUUUUGUUGCCAUUGUUUUGGUUAGAGCCGUGUAAUGAAAAAAUGAAAUUAGAAGAACAUGUUUGCAUAGUCUCUACAUCAUGCAUUUCUUGCUAGGUUUCAUUUUGAAGACUAAAAAACACUACCGUGGGCUUACAGAUCAAUUUUUGCACUACUUUUUGAAUGACCACCCAAUGAUUUUCUAUCAUAAAAUGUUUAUUUUGUUUGUUUUUUUACAAAGUUUCAUACUGUUCAUAUGUAAUCCUUGAAACACUAUCUAACUUUGAUAUUUGAUCUUGAUAAAUCGUCUUUUGGAUUUAGCUGAUGCAAAUGGUUACUGCUUGAAAUAGAUUCCUGGUUUCUAAAACCCAGUUUGUUUUGUGAAAACAUGUAAGCACACUUGAUGUUAUGUAGAAUUGUAUACUGAACAUUACAUCUAUGUGACACUG